AUGAGCUCUAUGAACGGUAUGUCGACAGCUCCUGCUAUCUGGCAGGAAGCUCGCAACGCUGAAGGAAGGGUUUAUUAUUACAAUGUGCAGACGAAGGCGACACAAUGGGCGAAGCCUGCCGAGCUUAUGACGCCGGUAGAGAGAGCUCUGUCAAACCAGCCUUGGAAAGAGUAUACUGCUGAGGGUGGCCGCAAAUAUUGGUACAACACGGAAACGAAGCAAAGCACUUGGGAGAUGCCAGAUGUUUACAAGAAUGCGCUUGCACAGGUCCAGACGGCCCCGGUACCCCCUCCAGCGGCCCCGACAUUCGUUGCUGGCAGUGUCAGUUCGUUCCCUUCCCAGCCACAGCACCGUGAUCGUGACGAUUACAAUCGCGGGUUCAACGAUCGGCGUGGUGGCUUCGGUGCGCCCGAUACAAAUGGCUUUUCUGCUCCCUCGGCACCUGCCUUUGUUGCGGCGCAAUCCGACCCGGAAUACGGCUCGCUCGAAGAGGCCGAGAGUGCUUUCAUGAAGAUGCUUAAGCGGCAUAAUGUUCAACCUGAUUGGACAUGGGAACAAACGAUGCGUACAACCAUCAAAGACCCGCAGUAUCGGGCCAUCAGAGACCCCCGUGACCGCAAGACAGCCUUUGAGAAAUACGCAGUCGAGGUUCGCAUGCAAGAGAAGGACCGAGCGAAGGAAAGAUUCGCCAAGCUCAGAGCAGAUUUCAAUAGUAUGCUAAAGACGCAUCCCGAGAUUAAGUAUUAUAGUCGCUGGAAGACAAUUCGGCCGAUCAUUGAGGGCGAAACAAUAUUCAGAUCUACUGAUGAUGAGAAUGAAAGACGACAGCUUUUUGAAGAAUACAUUAUCGAGCUCAAGAAAGCCCAUGUGGAACAGGAGGCUGUGAAGCGCAAGGCUGCGAUGGACGAACUCGUGACAAUUCUGAAGUCUAUGAACUUGGAGCCAUACACCCGCUGGUCCGAGGCGCAAAAUAUUAUUCAGAACAACAAGAGAGUUCAAACUGACGAUAAGUUUCAAACUCUGACAAAAUCUGACAUUCUUACUGCGUUUGAGAACCAUAUCAAGUCUCUUGAACGAGCAUUCAAUGAUGCUCGUCAACAACAGAAGUCUGCUAAGGCAAGAAAGGAGCGUCACAGCAGGGAGCAGUUCCAGGAAUUACUCAAGGAACUCAAGUCGAACGGCAAGAUUAAAGCUGGGAGCAAAUGGAUGAAUACCUAUCAUCUCAUCAAGGAAGAUCCUCGCUAUACAAAUAUGCUAGGCCAAUCGGGGUCUACUCCACUUGAUCUUUUCUGGGAUAUGGUUGAAGAAGAAGAACGCUCUUUGCGGGGACCUCGUAACGAUGUUUUGGAUGUUCUCGAUGACAAACGUUACGAGAUUGCCCCCAAGACGACAUUCGAAGAGUUCAACUCAGUUAUAGGCUCUGAUCGCCGGACAGCAAACAUCGAUCCAGAUAUUCUCAGACUGAUCUUUCAGCGCAUCCAAGAAAAGGCUGUCCGGCGAAAUGAGGAGGAGAAGCACGCGGCUGAUCGUCACCAGAGACGCGCAGUGGAUGCCCUGCGUUCUCGUAUGAAACGUCUGGAACCCCCUGUGCGUGUCACUGACACCUGGGACCAAGUUCGGGCUCGAGUAGAGAAGCUGGACGAGUACAAGGCCGUUGAUUCAGAUGAACUCCGCCAAGCGGCCUUUGAUAAAGUCAUCCGUCGUCUUAAAGAAAAAGAGGAUGACAUGGAUAGAGACCGCGAUAUCAGAGACCGGGAUCGGGGCAGCCGGAGAGAACACCAUGAACGUGACCAUCGCGGCAGUCGUGGUGAUAGACGGGCAGCCUCGAGCCGGCUCAGCCGCACCCCCGAGCCAGAUGCCUAUGAGGCGGACCGUCGCAAAGCCCAGGCAGAUCGUGAGCGAACUUAUAGAAAAGUCAGCGGCCUCUCACCGGUUCGGGAACGCCGAGAAGAUCGCGAACGCGAGAGGGAGAGGGAUCGGUACCGCGAACGUGACCGUGAGCGAGACCGGGACAGGGCCUCUCGACCCCUCGCCCACUAUGAGCGCGAACGUCGGGAACGAGAGGAGGAGCGUGAACGUCUCUAUCGCACCCGCGCCGACCCGCGCGGCAGUCGCGACGAGUUGGAUUAUGGUGGGGACACUCGAAGCACUGUCAGUACUGACCGUCGGCGUAGACGCGACAGUGACGCAGAAAGCGUUGCAAGUCGCUCUGCGAAGCGCCAUAGGCGAGACAGCCGUGAGAGAGAGCGCAGCAGAGGCGCAAAGCGUGACAAGGAACGAGAUCGUGUUCAUGAGCCUACUCCCAGUGAGGCCGAGGUUAGGAAGGAAGAGAAAGCGGUGCAUUCAGGCAGCGAGGAAGGGGAGAUUGAAGAGGACUAG